AUGUCCGUCCGCCCCCAAAUCCUCCUCCUCUCCCUCUCCCACCGCUUCUAUCUCGACGACACCUACACCACGCUCUUCUCGCGCCUGUCCCAAACCGCAACCCUCAAGCACGCGAAAACCCCCCCGACCGCGCUCCGCCUCCUCUCCCAAAACACCUUCAAGGCAAUCAUCCUCACCGACGAAGGCCUUACCGAGCACGAGCCGAACCACGACCAAGUCCUCGCCCAGGUGCAAGAGUACAUGCGCGACGGCGCGGGCCUCGUCAUCGCGGCGCUGCACUUCCCCAACUUCGUGACGCAGGACGGCUUCGACGGCUUCUUCGGCAGACUGGGCGUUCCGUGGAAAAAGGGGGACUGUCACCGCAUGGACUUUGACGUGAAUCCGUCGUGUAAUCGCGAACUGCUGUAUGGGCUGGGAUUAGCGACCGCCGACCUCCCCGUGCGUUAUAGCAUGAAGGCGUUGGGUGUUCGGGGGGCGAGGGUCCAUGAGAAGGUUUAUCUCCCUAUUGCUGGGGCGCGGAGCCAGUCGAUUAUUGAGGCGGAGGAGAGUGUUGAUUUGAGCCAGGCGGCUGUUGUUGGGGCGCGGCUUGGAAGGGGUCAUCUGUUUUACAUUGGGGAUGUCAAUUGGGAACGUGGUUCGCAGGAUGCUGUGGUGAAGCUCUGUUGUGCUUAG